AUGGUGCAAUAUGACGGAAGAAGAGUGGACAUCGAAUUCGAUGUGCUUCGUGAAGAUGACCCUGUCGAUCCGGUAUCCCCAUUAAUUGUAGCCAAUCUGAAAAUCGUCCGUACAUCCGUCGGGCUGGCUGGGCCAAUGGAGGCGGGUGAUGACGGACAAGAUGGUGAGCCGGAAACCGGAAUAGAUCGAUCGUUUCGAGAGGCCAUUUGUGCCGCGGAGUGCAACAUGCUGAUAAGCACUGAAGUGCGCCGGGUAACGAUUCCGUCAGCAAAAGUCGAAGACUUAGUUCUACAACUAGUGGGCGAGGUUGCCGAGUUAACCGGUAGAGUGUUGCUCAUAGGUUGCGGAAAUGUGUCUCGUUGA